AGCAGAAAAGAUCUACUGCGGGAGAUGCUGGAGAGCAGAAGACAUUUACAGUGGAAGAUGCGGUGGAGACCAUUGGCUUUGGGAGGUUUCACAUUGCACUUUUUAUGAUCAUGGGCAGCACUGGUGUGGCAGAAGCCAUGGAAAUUAUGCUGAUUGCUGUGGUGGGCCCCGUCAUCCGGUGUGAAUGGCAGCUGGGUAAUUGGCAAGUGGCUUUAGUGACAACGAUGCUGUUUUUUGGGUAUAUGGUAUCCAGUGUGAUAUUUGGAAUUCUAGCUGAUCGGUAUGGCCGAUGGAAGAUUUUAUUUUUCUCUUUCAUCUGGGGAGCCUAUUUCUCCUUGCUGACAUCGUUUUCCCCUUCAUACAUCUGGUUUGUCUUCCUUCGGACCAUGGUGGGAUGUGGUGUGUCAGGUCAUGCGCAAGGACUUGUAAUAAAAACUGAAUUUUUGCCUAAAAAAUACAGGGGCUAUAUGCUGCCAUUAUCACAGGUGUUUUGGUUGGCAGGCUCCUUAUUAAUUAUUGGAUUAGCAUCGGUGAUUAAUCCAACCAUUGGAUGGCGAUGGUUGGUACGAAUUGCCUCUAUUCCAGGGAUUCUUCUCAUCCUCGCAUUUAAGUUUAUCCCCGAGUCUGCUCGAUAUAAUGUCUCUUGUGGAAAUGAGAAAGCUGCCCUCGCUACGUUGCAGUGGAUUGCUAAAGUGAACCGUUCUGUUAUGCCUGAAGGAAAGCUGGUGGAACCUGCUGAUGAAAAAAGGGGUAGAUUGAAAGACCUCGUGGAUCCCAAAUACUUACAGACAACUUUGCAGAUAUGGAUCAUAUGGCUUGCAAUAUCUUUCGCUUAUUAUGGUGUCAUCCUGGCCAGUGCUGAGUUACUGGAGAAGAAUCUGAUCUGUUCAACAGGAGAGGGAAUCAGCAGAAAGGAGGAGACGGGCGAUGGUUUGGAGGAGCCGAGCAGCCCUUGCUUCUGCCACCUCUUUGCCCCGUCUGAUUAUCAGAUCAUGUUCAUCAGCACGGUUGGAGAGAUUGCAUUAAAUCCUUUGAACAUUCUGGGCAUCAAUUUUCUAGGAAGACGACUGAGUCUCACAAUAACUAUGGGAUGCACAGCGGUGUUCUUCCUCCUUCUUAACAUAUGCACUUCAAUCACAGGUCUCAUUAGUUUUCUCUUCAUGUUGCGUGCCUUCGUUGCUGCAAAUUUCAAUACCAUCUAUAUUUACACAGCAGAGGUUUAUCCCACUACAAUGAGAGCCUUGGGCCUGGGAACAAGUGGUUCCCUUUGUCGCAUUGGUGCUAUGGUGGCACCUUUUAUAGCACAAGUGCUUAUGAAUGCUUCUUUCCUGGGAGCCCUCUGCCUUUUUGCUUCAGUUUGUGUUGUAGGCGCCAUCUCUGCUUUCAGCCUCCCCAUCGAGACCAAAGGGAGAGCACUUCAGCAAAUGAAAUGAUUAAAUACCCACUAAGAAGAGGGAAAACAGAAGAUGCCAUUGUAUUUCAUCGGCUUGACCCUGAUUCUGGAAA